AUGGCCGCCCACGAACCAUAUGUGGCAGUUGCCCAGCGCAAGCAAUCUCAACUAGCAGCCACUAUUCCCGCCGAAUGGCGACUGCCAGCGCAUCUGAUCCCCGAGGGAAUGCUCUCGCCCGCCGAGUCGAUCACCGAGGGCCCGAAGCGGUAUGGGAAGGUCAACGUGAUGGAGAUUCCACGGACAUGUGGAAUUCUGACACCCAAAGAGCUGGAAAUCACCGAGAACUAUGAUGUUCGAGGAUUAAUAGCGGAAAUGACGGGGGGGCGAUUGACAGCCGAGGAAGUGGUACGGGGGUUCUGCAAGCGCGCGGCAAUCGCCCAUCAGCUCACGCGCUGCCUGACAGAACCUCUGUUUGACCGCGCCUUGCAGCGAGCUCGGGACUUGGACGACCAUCUCCAACGCACAGGCACCCCCGUCGGCCCAUUGCAUGGCCUGCCCGUGUCGGUGAAAGACACAUUCUGGGUCGAAGGGGUUGACUCGAGUAUUGGAUUAUCUGCACUGGCAUUCAAGCCCGCAUCGUCCAAUGCUGCGCUGGUUGAGCUGCUGCUGUCCCUCGGGGCCGUCGUGAUCACCAAGACGAACCUGCCCCAAACAAUGGCUACCUUGGACAGCUGCAACCAUCUUUUCGGGCGGACGCUGAACCCGCUGAAUCGACAAUGGACGGCGGGUGGCAGUUCAGGUGGCGAGGGCCCGCUAAUCGCUAUGCGGGGGUCGAUGGUUGGAUUUGGUACUGACAUCGGGGGCAGCAUCCGCAUUCCGGCAAUGUGCCAGGGCAUUUACGGAUUUAAGCCAAGUGUUGGACGCGUGCCGUAUGGAGGCCAGGAGAGCGGGCAGAUCCCAGGCAAGGGCCGCAUAGCGCUUCAGCCCGUAGCGGGCCCGCUCGCACGGUCAGUCGCGGACCUCGGCGCCGUCAUGGCGGAGAUUGUGCCGCGCGCUGAGCUGUUCGGCGAGGACGGGAUCCCUGGGUUCUGGCCGUCACUGUCGGUUCCUGCGCCGAUCACUCCGCCGCGGAACUUCACUGUUGGAAUCCUUAAGACAGAUGGUCUCGUCACCCCGUUGCCUCCUAUCAGCCGCAUCCUCGACGAAGUUGCCCACCUCCUGCGCCGUACCCCGGGCGUCGAGGUGGUUGAUAUUUCGCUGCCCGCUGCACUUCCUAAAUGUCAGGGCCUUGCCAAUCGUCUUAUGGGCGUCGAUGACGGGUCCAACAUGCUCGAUCUCAUUGAAGGCAUGCGCGAGCCACUCAUGCCCUGGCUUCAGGGCCGCAUUAAGCGCAGCAAAGCGCUUACUGUCACCCAACUGGCACAGCUACAAGCACAGCGCAGUGAGAUCGAGAAGGAAAUGAUGAAGAUGUGGACUCUGUCUGCCCUAUCCUCAUCGACCUCAUCAGCAUCUCGAGCAAGACGUGUCGAUGCUAUUAUCUGUCCCAUUGCCCCACACCCAGUCCCGGAACUCGACCGGUAUAAUGCAGUUGGGUAUACCUCCACUUUCGUGCUACUCGACUAUCCUGCUGGCGUGGUUCCAGUCCGGCCAUUUGCCGAGUCGGAUCUCGAGACCGGGCGCGAAAUGGAUGCGCCUGUGCUCGGGAGCUGGGAUAAGGCUAACCGGCAGCUGUGGAACGAGAAGACCGUCGACCGUCGUGUGUACUUGGGCUCGCCACUCAGUGUCCAGGUACUUACUCCGAAGCAGCAUGACUAUGACCUCUUCCGGGCCAUGGAGAUUGUGGAUCGAGCGGUGCAGGGGCGUUGGGGGACGCACAGUGCUAAGCUUUGA